AUGCUUCAGGUGGACAUCGAUAAUUGGCUCGCACAGUUGCCCCAAAGCUGGCCAUAUUCCAUCAAGCUGGUACUUCGUCAAGCUCCGUUAUUGAUGAAUCUGUUUAUCGUGUCACUGGAGUUUACAUUCCAACGAAGCUUUCUGUGGCCAUCCACACCCAUACCAUCUCAGAUAUCUUUCAGGCCAUCGAGAGAUCGAUGGGUCAAUCUAUGCCAACGAGCAGAACAAGCUGCCUAUUGGCUGAAUUCGCCCGAUGGAGCGUAUUACCUAGACGUCUGGUCCAUAACCGUCUACGCUGCUUUCUGCUGUGUGAUAAUACACCUUAAAGCGUACGAGGAGUCUAAAGAUCCCCAUCAUCAGUGGCUGUUGGACGUGUCAAAUACCAUAAUCCAGCAAUGGGCAGAUCAACAACCUGAUAACCCCGUUCGACGACGCUUAGCCUCGAUGUCGGAUCUAAUGACCUCUAUCAACAAAAGCACCAAUGUACCCAGUACCAGCACCGCUUCUAGCAGUAAUGUUUUGGCUGGUAUACCACUCAUACCUGAAGGAACGUACCAGCAACCUCAAUCACAAGUCGAUGUAAACGAUCUAUUCAAUAACCAUCCUUCGGCUUCCUCUGCGGGUGGAGCUUCCUCGCAUGGAUUCGAUCAAUACAGCUUCAAUAGUCUAGGAACUGAUUUCGGUGGUGGCCUGAGUGGAACAGGGGCAGGAACCAAUGCAAUCGAAACGUACAAUCAACUUACACUCCUCGAACAGAUGGGCUUGGCGGAGUUUGGAUUUGGGCCAUAG